AUGUCGGCUUCGCCCGUCGCGAAAGUGGUCCCUGCGCGUUCCCCAGAGACACUGGAACAGGCAUGGGACCGUCUAGGGGGCCAGGACGUUCAGGACGACCACCAUCACGAUGCUUCCCUCACCAAGACUAACCGACAUGUUUUGGCAGUGACUCUGGUGUAUCACGAGUUCAUGCUAGGUGAUCAAUCAGCGCCGUCGUCGACAAUCGCGAAUCCCACUGACAGUACCAUUGUUGUCCCGCCCUCGACUACCGCGAGAGCCAAGACAGACACCAGCAUCUCAAUCUUCUUCGGAAACCGAGAACUGCCCUGCAGGCAGAUCAACGAGGAGGCUGAAGCAGUGCUGUACGGCGUUGUGAAGCCGGGCCUCGUCAUCGUGCUGCCUGUUCGUCCUGCUGCACUGGAGGAGGAGCCUGGAAAGGCCCCUGCCUGGACUGGCUACUUGGUGGAUUUCCUCCAAUACCUCGACCGAUUGUUCGCCAGCAGAGAAGUCUCGGUCACAACCCACGCAACCCACAGCGAAGAAGCCAUCGCCGUAGUGGUGGAGGCCGUGAUGCCCGGCCGCUACCUCUUCCGCGAGAUCCGCAUGAUCGAAUCGGCGCGUCAGCGGGCCGAAAGGUAUACAGCGCCCUUCGGGUGGUACCAGCACACCCGGUUCCUUCCACCCCCAAUCUCCAAUAGUGAAGGUCGCUACGAGCGCUACGACCACGCCCAUCCAACAUAG